UUGUCAAAGAGUUGCGAAUCUGCGGUGGCGAAAUGAAAGCCGCCUCACUCUGCAGCAGACAGGAACCCACGUGCUCAGCCCUGAACCAGAAGCAGCUGAGGAUUUCAGUGUCUGUCUUCAUUGAAAUUCAUCACUCACAACAAAGUUAGCUAGAUUUAUAACAGGUUUCAAAGAUGUCCUCCUUCAGGAAAGCCCUGAAGUCCCGACAGAAAAACCACCAUGAAAGAUCUCAGCCUGGUUUUAGGAAACAUUUAGGAUUGUUGGAGAAGAAGAAAGACUACAAACUCCGCGCUGAUGACUACCACAAGAAACAAAACACUCUCGCUGCUCUGCGAAAGAAAGCUCUGGAGAAGAACCCAGAUGAGUUUUACCAUAAAAUGAUCAAUGCCAAGCUGGAGGAUGGAGUUCAUACCAUGAAGAAAGGAAAGAAGCAGCAGGAGGAGGAGGUGAUGACAGAGGAGCAGAAGAAAAUGAUGAGGACACAGGACAUCGGAUAUGUGGAGAUGAAGAGGGUUGCAGAGGCUAAGAAAAUUGAGCGACUGAAGGGAGAGCUCCAUCUUCUGGAUGCAGAGGGAAAGCAGAAAAACAAACACACGUUUUUUGUGGAUUCCAAAAAAGAAGUUGAAACGUUCGACUUGGCAAAUCACCUCAACGUACCUCCAGAGCUGGUGGACCGGGUUUACAACAGGCCGACUCUGCAAACCCUGGAGACAAAGAGCAUCAUGGGUGCUGUGGAGCCUCGGCGCAUACAGAAGCUUGCCAGGGAAAGGAAGCAUCAAUACAGGGUUCUAUCUCAGAGGAUUGACAGAGAAAAGAAGAUGUUUGUUAUCAGCCAGAAAAUUCAGACCCGUAAGGACCUACAGGACAAGACUAAGAAAAUCAAGGUUAAAAAGGAGACCAAAAACUCAGCAGCUAUCUACAAGUUUGAGACCAGGAGAAAACGAUGAAGACGGACCGCACGGCUGAAGAGAGCAAAGAUGAUAGAUUUUCUCCUCACAGAACAGACCUAUGAGCCCAUUUUUCCUUCAUUGUUUUGUACAUACUUAUCAAAAAUUAACUGAAUAAACUUAAACAAACAUGUAAAUUAA